AUUCUCUCAGUAAGUUGCCACAGAGCGCACGAUUCGAACCGCGCGGUCUCCUCACUGAUGAAAAACAUUGCGAACAUAAAAACGGCAAAAUAAUUUAGUGGCGUUUGAGUGAUGGUUUAGACUGUCGUGCACGAAAACACAAAAUGACCGGAAAUGCACAAUCUAACGGAAGUUCAAGUUUGGAGAUCGCCCAAAGCAAUCAGGAUUUAAUAAUGACAAAAGGAAAACGAAAAAAGCGAACAUGGAUUAUCGCCGGAGUCGUAUGUAUGGUAGUUGUAGCACUAGUAGUAGCAGCUAUAGUUUUACUAACGAACGGGGAAGACGAAGACAAAGGUAAAGACAAACCAGCGGUUCAAGGACCAACUCUUUCUUUAGAAGAUCUCCUCCAAGGCAAAGUCAACCCCAACUCAUUCAACGCCACUUGGGUAUCAGAUAGUGACCUACUUUACACUGACGCUAGUGGAGAUCUGGUUCUAUAUACCCUAAGUUCGCGCGACAAUGCUUCCAAAAUUCUUCUGCCGGCCAAAGAUUCGAUUUUAGGAGGAAACAAUUUCGAAAUUUCUGCCGAUAAAAACUACUUGAAAGUCGCCCACGGUUUUCAGAAAAUUUACCGUCACAGUUAUAGAGCAAGAUACACUAUAAUUAACUUGAAUAAUAACGAACGCACUGAAUUGCAAGUCGGUGAUAAUCAUGAUUUUCUACUAGCUGUGUGGGCUCCGGUAGGAAACGCUUUAGCAUUUGUUUUCGAAAAUAACAUUUAUUAUAAACCGCGAGUCGAGUCUAAUGAACAGAUUCAAAUCACCAAGGAUGGCAAUUUCGUUAAUAAUGGUAUUCCCGACUGGGUGUACGAGGAGGAGGUUUUUAGCUCUAAUAAGGCGUUGUGGUUCUCCCCUGAUGGUACUAAGUUGGCCUAUGGAAGGUUUGAUGAUACACAAGUCCCAUUAAUGGUACUGCCGAUUUAUGGCGAGCCUGGCAAUCGGAUUUUCCAGUAUCCAAGGGCACAAGUUAUCAAGUAUCCGAAGACAGGAACACGAAAUCCUACAGUUUCCUUGCACUGCGUCGACUUAAAUAACGUGACUGAUAUUAAAAAAUUAGAUCCGCCCAAAGACUUAGUCGGCCCCCAACAGCCAAUUUUAACAACUGUUUCGUGGGCUGCAGACAACAUAGUGUCCGCCAUUUGGAUGAACAGGGUUCAAAAUAACGCUUUUAUUGUUACUUAUACUAUGACCGCAGAUUCUUACCAAAUGGAGACGAUUCGUAACUUAAGUCAACCGUCCGGUUGGUUGGAGCUCUUCACAGCCCCCUUGUGGUCAAAAGACGGUUCAAAAUUGGUGCUCAUCCUCUCGCAUGAUCAAGGCAAUGAUUUGGGAAGUUAUAGACAUGUUGUUAUGUUGUCGCGGACCAAAAAUUCCCCCAGCGAACCCCUAACUAAGGGAACUUUCGUCGUAACAGAAAUCCUAGGAUGGAAUCACGAGCAAAAUAAAAUCUUUUACUUAGCAAACAAUGAAACAGAUCCUGCCGUCCAACACCUGUACGGUGUUUCCGUCGAUAGCAAGCAAACUGAAUGUCUGUCUUGCGAGGUCAAAUCCAAGAAUAAACACAAAGAGUGUUUGUACAAUGUAGCGGAAUUUAGCAAAGAUGCUUCGCAUUAUGUGCUAACUUGCGCAGGGCCUGACGUACCAGACAUUGCGGUUUACUCGUUAGAAAAGAAACUUCUCGAUUGGGACGAUAAUAAGGAUUUGAAAGAACUGUUAAGUGAUAAAGUACUGCCGACCAUUCAACGGGCUACUUUCAAAGUCGCGGGAGGGUUCGAAGCGCAAGUCAUCCUCAAGUUGCCUCCGAAUAUGGACCCCAACGUCGAAUAUCCCAUGCUGCUUAAUGUUUACGCAGGGCCUGAUUCCUUCCAAGUAGUCGAAAAAUUCAACGUAGACUGGGGGAGUUACCUAGCGGCCAACAAAAGUAUAAUUUACGCAACAAUCGAUGGACGAAGUUCCGGUCUCAAGGGUGAUAAAAUGCUUUUUGCAUCUUACAGACAUUUGGGAACUGUUGAAAUCGAAGACCAGAUUAAUGUUACAAGGCAAAUUCAAGACAGCUUUGGCUUCGUUGACAAAUCAAGAACGGCAGUUUGGGGUUGGAGCUAUGGAGGAUACGCCUCUGGAAUGAUUUUAGCCAAUGAUAAUAGUGGAGUUUUUAAAUGUGGAAUUUCAGUUGCGCCUGUUACAGACUGGACACUUUACGAUUCGAUUUACACUGAGCGAUUCAUGGGUCUUCCCUCCAUCGAAGACAACUACCAGGGCUAUCGCAAUGCUAAUCUUUUAUUAAAAUCUGAAGGAAUUCGCGACAAGCAGUAUUUUCUCAUCCAUGGAACGUACGAUGAUAACGUCCAUUAUCAACAAUCCAUGUUAUGGGCCAGAGUGUUAGAACAGAACGAUAUUCUAUUUAGGCAAUUGAGUUAUCCCGAUGAAGACCACGGUUUGGCAUCAGUCCGUCCACACUUGUACCACUCAUUAGAAAAUUUCCUCGAUGAAUGUUUUAUAAAAGAAAAUUAGUUCAUUUAUUCACACCACUUACGCUAGACUGUGUGACACAAAAACUAGUCAAGAAAUUGUUAUUCGAUGUCUUACUUUUUGCCAGGGUAUCUAUGUUACUGUAGAUCUCAAAACAAUUGUACAUAUUUUAUUUUGUCAGAAGUGUAAAUAAGUAUAUUUUAUAAUUUAAGACAAUUACUUUGUUACUGUGUAAUUAAAAUAGAUACUUUUGUGUAAAAUGAUUUUUUUUUUAAUUAAAUAUUAUUAAACAAU